UCAGGNGGUCUUGUCAAUGCCUUUGGAUCAUUCGGUACUUACUAUGCACUUGGUCCUCUGCGCGACUAUCCAUCAUCGACUAUUGCGUGGAUUGGCUCCAUCCAGGCUUACCUCAUGCUACUUGCCGGUGCCUUGACCGGACCUCUGUUCGAUGCAGGUUACUUCCGCAUGCUCCUCAUCACAGGCUCAUCACUUAUUGUGCUUGGUAUGGUAACAACCAGUGUGUCCACCAAGCUUUGGCAAAUUAUGCUUUCUCAGGCCNNCUUUGCCGUUGGCUUGGGUCAAGGGUGUCUUUUCUCUCCUUCUCUUGCCAUUCUCUCUACGUACUUUUCGGAGAAGAAAUUCUUCGUUGCUAUGGGUCUGGCUGCUGCCGGCAGCGGUCUUGGCGGAACCAUCUAUCCCAUCGUUUUCCACAUGUUGCAGCCAAAGAUUGGCUUUGCAGGUGCCACUCGUGUGAUUGCAUACAUCGCAUUGGGCACCCUUGUGGUAUCGAAUGUUGUACUUCGUGUUCGUUCUCUGCCUUCUCAACGUCGCAAGAUCUUCGACAUGGACGCAUGGAAAGAGCCUGCUUUCACCGUCUAUGUGAUCGGAUCCAUGAUUGCUUUCCUCGGAACUUGGACGCCUUUCGUAUACAUUGAAGUGUACGCCCUGCGUUACGGCAUCACUUCCAAGGAACUUGCUUUCUACCUUCUUCCCAUCAUCACCGCUGGUUCUAUCUUUGGUAGAGUCGGACCUAACCUUGUCGCCGCCAGGAUCGGUCUGUUCAACGUCGUCAUUCCCUGUGUUCUUACCACUGGAGCUCUGGCCUUCUGCUUCAUCCCUGCAAAGACACAGUCGUCAUUGAUCGCUGUGUCCUGUCUCUACGGCUUCUUUUCUGGCUCCAUUGUCUCCAUCAUUCCUGCACUCGGUGUCUCGAUAUCGCCGAGCAGAGCAGUCAUUGGAACACGUAUUGGUAUGGCUUGUGCGACGAUUGGGCUUGGUAUGCUUGCCGGCACCCCAAUCUCUGGCGCGAUAUUGAAUAAAUACGGGUUUGCUGCCACUUGGGCAUUCUCAGGUACAGCUGCAAUUGUGGGAGCUUGCUUCUUGGUGGUUUCAAGGUUGCUUCAUGGUGGUAUGGUGCUUAGAAAAAGAUCUGAGUAG